AAGUGAAAGCCUCCAAGUCCGUUGUUAUCUUUUGCACCCCCAGAAAGAUAGAGUGGGCAAUUAGACUGGAUAGACUUUUAGUCUGGAGUCCUCCAUUCUGGGGUAGCAGGUGACUUGACUUGGGAUGGAAACAGGAACUUGGGCGAGUGCUGGCUCUGAGCUUGGCUUUUCCCUUGCACCUCAUGCUACACCAGGGCACAGUCCGCAACUCCCGCCCAGCACCACUUUGCUCUGACGUCCUUCUCCAGAGCUCUGACGAUCGCCCCCGCCUUCCGCCCUUAUAAAGAGACUUUUUUUCCAAUACCCGGAUCGAUUGCCUGGCCUCUCUGAGCCCUCAUCGGGUUCUUUGCCGGCCCCCUUCACUCACCUCGUGCCUCCCUCCCUCGCUGUCCCUCACAGCCUGGGGCUCGGGGGUCUCCCGGACUCCUAAAGCAGCUCCGGGUGACGCCAAGAAGAUUUGAUGAAGUAGCCCUCUGUGGAAGGAUCUGCACAGUACCCUAAAUAAAAAUGCCUUUCCAUGUAGAAGGACUGGUAGCUAUUAUCCUGUUCUACCUCCUUAUAUUUCUGGUUGGAAUAUGGGCUGCAUGGAAAACAAAAAACAGCGGUAACGCAGAAGAGCGCAGCGAAGCCAUCAUAGUUGGGGGCCGAGACAUUGGUUUGUUGGUUGGUGGUUUUACCAUGACAGCCACCUGGGUUGGAGGAGGUUACAUCAAUGGGACAGCUGAAGCAGUUUAUGGGCCAGGUUGUGGUCUAGCUUGGGCUCAGGCACCCAUUGGAUAUUCUCUGAGUCUGAUUUUAGGUGGUCUAUUUUUUGCAAAACCUAUGCGUUCCAAGGGAUAUGUGACUAUGUUAGACCCAUUUCAACAGAUCUAUGGGAAGCGCAUGGGUGGGCUGCUGUUCAUCCCUGCACUGAUGGGAGAGAUGUUCUGGGCUGCAGCAAUUUUCUCUGCAUUAGGGGCCACCAUCAGCGUGAUCAUUGAUGUGGAUGUGAACAUAUCGGUCAUUGUCUCUGCACUCAUUGCCAUUCUUUAUACCAUAGUGGGUGGGCUCUACUCUGUGGCAUAUACUGAUGUUGUGCAGCUAUUCUGCAUUUUUAUAGGACUGUGGAUCAGUGUCCCUUUUGCCCUGUCACAUCCUGCAGUCACCGACAUUGGAUUCACAGCUGUGCAUGCUAAAUACCAGAGUCCCUGGCUGGGAACUAUUGAAUCAAUUGAAGUCUACACAUGGCUUGAUAAUUUUCUGUUGUUGAUGUUGGGUGGAAUCCCAUGGCAAGCCUACUUUCAGAGGGUCCUAUCUUCAUCCUCGGCCACCUAUGCUCAGGUGCUGUCUUUCCUGGCAGCUUUUGGGUGCCUGGUGAUGGCUCUACCAGCCAUAUGCAUAGGAGCCAUUGGAGCUUCCACAGACUGGAACCAGACAGCAUAUGGGUUUCCAGAUCCCAAGACCAAGGAGGAAGCAGACAUGAUUCUCCCAAUUGUUCUGCAGUACCUCUGCCCUGUGUACAUUUCCUUCUUUGGGCUGGGCGCUGUUUCUGCUGCUGUCAUGUCCUCAGCUGACUCAUCCAUCCUGUCAGCAAGUUCCAUGUUUGCUCGGAAUAUCUACCAGCUUUCCUUCAGACAAAAUGCAUCAGACAAGGAAAUUGUAUGGGUCAUGAGAAUCACUGUGUUGGUGUUUGGAGCAUCUGCAACAGCCAUGGCCUUGCUGACAAAGACUGUGUAUGGGCUCUGGUACCUGAGCUCUGACCUCGUCUACAUCAUCAUCUUCCCACAGCUGCUCUGUGUACUCUUCAUCAAAGGAACCAACACUUAUGGGGCAGUUGCUGGUUAUAUUUUUGGACUUUUCCUGAGAAUUACUGGAGGAGAGCCAUAUCUAUACUUACAGCCCUUAAUCUUUUACCCUGGUUAUUACCCUGACAAGAAUGGUAUAUACAAUCAGAGAUUCCCAUUUAAAACUCUCUCCAUGGUUACCUCAUUCUUUACCAAUAUUUGUGUUUCUUAUCUAGCUAAGUAUCUAUUUGAAAGUGGAACCUUGCCUCCAAAAUUAGAUGUAUUUGAUGCUGUUGUCGCAAGGCACAGUGAAGAGAACAUGGACAAGACCAUUCUAGUCAGAAAUGAAAAUAUCAAAUUAAAUGAACUUGCACCUGUGAAGCCUCGACAGAGCCUAACCCUCAGUACAACUUUCACCAAUAAAGAGGCCCUCCUUGAUGUUGAUUCUAGUCCAGAGGGAUCUGGGACUGAAGAUAACUUACAAUGAUCUCACCUAAAAUAUACACAACAGGGCAUUGCUAUAGGGUAGUACUGGAAAAAAUAAAAGGGUUUGGAGCAUAUCUUACACAUGUUAAAAUAUAAAUGUUUAGAGGAAAAAGUUUUGCUGAAAUAAAAUAAGCUAUAAUGGAUGAGUUCAGAAAAAAAGUAACAAUUGCACAGUGAGAAGGAAGCAAGCAUAAAAGCAACAGCUUUAUUUCUCGUCAUAGCACUUUUAAUUUUGAAUAGCUUUGUUAAGCAUAUAAAUGCAGAAAGCCCCAGCCAAAGAAAGUGGCCAAAUAUUUAUCUUUAUUAUGGAAAGAGGGAAUAUAUAUUAGACAGUCCAUGGGAAGGAGAAUAGAUGGUCCUGAUCAUCUUCACUGGCUAAUGCACUGGACACCAGUUUAAUUACUACAGCAUGGAGGUUAUGCAUUCAUUCACAAUCACCACUGUGAAUGGUGCAGUGAGUUAGCCAGUUCACUUCUCUCCAUGUGUAGGUUGUGUUGCUCUUCCAUGAUCUAAACUAUGGCAUUUACUCAUUUUUCAAGGUGUGCAUUUUUAUCGCUUCUUGCCAUCUUGCAUGUGUACUCUCUCCAUUCAUCCCUCCAUCUAUCCAUCCUCUCCUUCUCUCUACUCCCUCUCCUUUUUUUCUACCAUUUCCAUCUCUAUCUUUCUUCCCUCUCUUUUUCUCUUCAUAUUUUGUUUUUGUGUGGUGCUGGAAAUCUAUUGCAGGGCCUUGCACAUGCUGGGUAAGGGCUUUCCUUCUGAGCUACAUCACAGCCCCACAAUAAUUUUUUUCAGUGAUGCCAUACAUUAUUCUAAGCACAAGCAACACAAACAAUAUCUUAUUUAACAGUGACAUUUUUAUGUGUAAAUGAUAGAAAACAGAGUCUAUGUUGGAGUUGGAUAAAAGCACUGAGCUCUUUAAGUAUGUCCACAGUUGCCAUGCUCUCAAAGAGAAGGGCCCAAAGCCAAGCAUGAAAUGGUUGUUGGGCAGCAUUACAGCAAUAAGUCAAGAAGAAAAGUAAAGGAAGGAGAAGAGGAAAAACAGAUUUCUAGCUCCAGCUUUUAUACAGUAAAUGUUGUUUCACAUUACAAAUAUAAUGUCUUGGCUUAUCUUCUAAGUCAGUGUUGAAGGCAAAAUUGAGCCAUACAUACAGAGAGGUUUCUGUCUAACAUCUGUUACAGGUGGCACCUGCUUCAUCAGCAAGCAUUCAAUGCAUAUUUAUAACCAGCAGUUCCCAAGCACCUCACCGAGAAACUGGAAAGCAAACCCUGCUUACUUGUGGACAUUCAUUAAUGAAAUAGUUUAGCAUUCAGGAUCUAUUCUUGACACUGUUCCACAUAAGCCAUUUUUAGGGACUGGGCAGAUCACAGCAAGUAUAUAUAUUGAAUUCCAAGUGAAAUAGAAAACAAAAGUAAAAACAAGUCAUAGAGAGAAGAAGCCAUCAUUUUUAAUAUUUGUUGUAUACAUGGAUUUCAAAAGGUCAGUCAUUAAAUGCAAUUUUGCUUCUCUUUGUAGCAUUCAGAAUUACACACAAACCUUGUUCCCCCAAACCCUAGAAUUGUUUUUAUAGGUUACAGUUAUUGUCUCUCAAAGCAUUAAAAGGUGGAACUCUUUUGUUUAAAAAUGUGACUUAAAAAUUUCUAGUGUGACUUUUAAAAUGUAAAGUUAAAUAAUUUUACACAUUGUAAUGUCCUACUUUUCAGUGUUGUCUUAAUACUUAAGCCACUUUACUGAUUUGUAUAUGUACAUAAGGAAGAAAAUUCAUUUACCCUUCAGUUUAUCUCAUAGUCAACUCACUAACUAUGGAGUAUUUGAAAGUAUGGAGUCUGAGAUGCUCAAAUGUGGGGUGAAAAAAGGAGUCAAAGGAAAAAGAAAACACAAAUAAAAAAUAGAAAACUUUGGCCAUGGAAAACUACUAGUGACAAUGAUGAAAUUUCUGGUAAAAUAUGGUAUUUCAGACCUACAAGAUCUUCCAACAUAGAAGAGUGAAUUUUGCCCAACUCAUCAUUUUGUGUCCUUCUAUCAGAUUGUUGAGGUGUGUUCUUGCAUUAUAAACAUCAUAGAGCCUCAUUCAUUCACACUGUAGCUCUCAUAGCAAAGCAGGUUCUUUUCACAUAUAUUUUGUAAUAUUCUUAAUCAACAACUAUCCAACUAAGCUUAUGAUAUUUAAAGUAUUAAAAUAGCAAAAAUGAAUAGAAGAAUCCCAAAAUAUUUAUUUAUGCAUACUCUGGAAUGAAUUCCUCAUGGUUUCCAUGCAAGGGAUGAUGCUUCAAGGAAUAGAAGGUGUGCUCUGUGUUGGAAUGAUGACAACAUUAUUCCAGAUUCAGGCAGUGGACCUCAUUUUCAAAUCCCCAGUGAAAUCAAAAUAAUGCAAAUGUUUCAUCCUCUUGCUUGUGAAGUAAUACCUAUGAAUAGCAUUGGAACAAGAUAGGAGUUUCACUUCCGUAUAUGACCAAUGAUUGUACUAUGUUUCUUAGGAAAUUUGUGUUUCUCUCCACAUGUUCAGAACAUCAAGCUUGUAGAUGAAAUGAUAUGUCAACAAGCUAUCAAAUGCUCAGUGCCAAAAUCCAAUUUUAUUGUUAUAAGUAAUGAAUUUUAUGUGAAUACUAUAUGAAUGUAAGCUUGAAAUGAGUGCAUUUAAUAUAAUGUGUAUUGAAAUUUUAUUUGUAAAUAAUGAAUUAGCAUUAUAUUUUAAACAUAAAUCAUCACUUUCCUUUUUGUCCUUCUACAAAAUUUACUCUGGUAUCAUACGUAACUUGUUAUAAGUUUGCUAUAAUGUAUGUUUGCUACUGCAUAGACAAAUACAUAUAAUGGUUCCAAAACCUAUAUUUUUAUCUGUCAAAAUAUUACACAAAGUAACUCAAAUAAGUAGAUUUACAAGUAUAUAUGUA